AUGUAUUCAAACCAGCACAAUCUGUAUAACAGCAUCCAACAGCAUCAUGACAGCACGCCGCAUAAUGACCAUUAUUCAUAUCAAACUACGGAACCGAGAUCCAAUCAUCCUUCACAGUUUUUCGAUACCCAGCAUUCAUCCGGACACUCGCAAAGCCCUCUCAUAGACUUCGAAAUACCAUCACAUGCAGAACCAGAACCAGAACCAGAACCAGAAUCCGAUACAUGCUACUAUGCACCUUAUUCUCCUGACUAUGAUUCUGGUUACUCGGUCAAUACGUCUGAUAACGAGGAUCGUGAUCCGCUCAACUGGCAGCCUCCUAUUAUCGAAACGGACUUCACCAAUAUCGACGAAGCGCUCGAACUUAAAUUAAAUACUGCAGACUCACUCUAUCGAUUAUUCAAGGCAGGAAAACUCAAAGUCCAGGUCGGCCCUCAGCAGAGAUGGGCCAUACUUUGCCCAGAUUGUGAUGAAUGGUGCCAAACGAGUACUCACUCCUCCAUUGCACUCUGGAUCGAAGGCCAAUUUAUACCAUUGAGGAACCACCGCGGCAGUAAGAAGUGCGCCCAGACCGUGACUAAUAAACAAAAGCAGCAUGUUCGGAACGUGUCUGAUGAGCCAACCCCUCGUUCACUCGUGGCAUUCUCACAUCAAAACAGUCAACCGCCUCCCGGGCCCUCCCUUGAUUAUAACCUUUGCGCAGGAGUCCCAAUCAUCUGGCCAGAGGAUAUGCGUCCUUUGGUCAUGCUCUUUCCAUGGGAACGUUACCAUGAUGGCCAGGAUGGCCUACCAUUCACUAUCGACACUUGGCUUACUCGCGCUCAUUUGCUCCUCCCUCGCGUCAAUACUAGGACUUUGUUUGCAUUGAGACUAGUCCACCAUGUCCAUCCCUCCAUUCAAUUCCACCGCCUACUCCACCUACUUGCAUUCGCGUCCACGAUCAGUGAGGGCACAGAGAACCUGGCACAGUUCAGUUGGUUUAACACGGUCAGGAACUAUGCGCCUGUAAUCUCAUUCACAUGCAACCACAGCACUUCGGGCCGCCUCAAAGACACAAUCGCAAAAUUGAAGAACAUCCAAGGAUUCACUGUGAACGUCAUCUGCGAGCCAUUCGUCGAGAAUGCAAAUGCAACUGCCAUAGACACUUCCGGCUUCGACGAGUGGAAUGUCAGCGACCUGACAAAGGAAAACUGCGUGCAAAUAAAAGCCUCCGUCGUCAAGGAAAGCGCUUUUAACAUGGAGUUCCGCUCGCUCGCUAUCCACGCCGCCUCCCAACAGCUCUACAAAUCCAUAGAUAUCACCCACCCAGUCACAGGCGAGCACAACAGCACGCGCAUUCUCGCGCACGUCAAAUGCAUCCACGUGCGCAAAGGCGUGCUUACAGACAAAGAUGACAUCCAAUCGAGUUCACAAAGUUCAAGCUUGUCACGCGUUUAG